AUGAUAGAUCGGAAAUUUGUGGUCUUUGGCGCUGCCUUUGUGCUGCGUCUGUUGCUGAUAUGCCUGUUUCCAUCUUUGUCCGACCUGUUAACGGGGAGAGUGGAGGUCUCGACCCCAGUUAAUAGCUUCAAACGCCACGCAAAGAGUUCGCCCUUGCCAAUCGCCGUCUUCUACUUCCUGGUCGAUCUUUUGAAUGCAUACGCAUUGCUCAAAAUAUCUGAAUCAGGCCAAUCGAUCAAAUCGAGGCUACACACGGCCGUGCGACAGCAUGUGCGGUGGGAUGGGGUAUCAGUUGCGGCAUGGUUCCUAUUCAACCCCUUCACGAUUGCGACAUGUCUAGCAAGGUCAACAAGCGUCUUCACCACGUCGGGAAUCCUAUUCGCCGUGUCCAAUGCGGUGGGGGGAAAUAGCAUCAAUGCUAUGCUAGCUCUCGGUUUUGCUUCAUACCUGUCGCUUUACCCCGCGCUCUUGUUCAUUCCCUUGGUCUUGCUCUGCUAUGAUCGGCGGGCUCAAGAACCCAAUGCACCCAAGGUCGCCCUGUACGUUGUCCAACACGCCGGCCUAUUGUUCGCUAGCAUCGCGGGCCUCCUGGGUCUAUCGUGCCUGAUCACCGGCAACUUCUGGGAAUUUAUGUCCGCCACAUAUGGUUUCCAUCUGCUGGUUCCGGACUUGACCCCCAACGUUGGUCUGUGGUGGUACUUCUUUAUCGAGAUGUUCGACUCCUUCCGGGAGUUCUUCCUUGGAGUCUUCUGGCUUCACUUGGCCAGCUAUGUCGGCGGCCUUACGGCUCGCUUCCACCGACAGCCGCUCUUUGUCAUUACGUCGCUCUUGGGUGUCUUUGCAAUCUUCAAGCCCUACCCUAGCAUUUCCGAUGCCUCGUUGUUCUUCGCCGUGCUACCACUAUACCGACACCUCUUCCCACUAAUGCGAUACACUUUCUUCGCGGUCUCGGCGAUCCUAUACUCCAGUCUCCUCGGCCCCGCCUUCUACCAUCUCUGGAUCUACGCGGGAUCUGGAAACGCCAACUUCUUCUACGCCAUCACUCUGGUAUGGAGCUUAGGAAUCUCUAUUCUCCUGGCGGAUACAGUCUUUGCAGCCCUGCGGGACGAGUGGGAGCAACAGAACCCCGACCAAAAGGGCGCCGAAGUGCGACAAGUGUAA